AUGAAGACCACUCAGUUCGCAGUCCUCCUCACCGGUGUCCUUGCCACCGUUGCCAUGGCCAACCCCGUUGCAGGCCCUGAGCCGAACCGGUUCGAGGUGGCUCCCCGCGCCAAGUACACCGUUAAGUGCGAUGGGGGUUUGAGCCCCGACGCUCGUUGCACCAACGGGAAGAAGAAAGAUGGCUGCCGAUGUGACAGCAAGGGAACUUACCUUUGUGACCCUUCAAGUCUCUCGAAGUCUCUCGAAGAAGGGCGGCCAGUGUGCCAAGUGUGGCUGCCAUGCGUCGUAGUGAGUAUUGUUUCUGUGUUACCCAGUGCCUCGACGGCUUGA